AUGAACCCUCUAAACCAGAUGAAGGCUGGACUCCCCACCAACCCACACAGCGACGGCUCGUACCCCUACGACCCCUCCAGCUGGCAGCAGCCCACCAAUCAGCCCACAGGAUCCCUCUCCGUGGUCACCACUGUUUGGGGAGUCACCAAUCCUUCGGCCAGCCAGGGUCUGGGUGGAGGUGUGAUGGGACCCGGGGCCAACCCAGGUGGGGGGCCCAUGAUGCAGGGCCCUGGGGGGCCAGGCAUGGCUGGCGGACCCGGAGGCUACAUGGGCCAGCAGGGCUACGGAGAGCCCAGCAAAGGUUACAUGAACCAGGGCAUGUAUGGCCGGACCGGUGGAGGCUACGCAGGAGGACCCGGGGGGUACACGGGGAGCUAUCCAUCGAACCCCGGAGGCUCCAGAGGCUCCGCCGACUUCACCCAGGCUGCUGCGGCCGCCGCCGUAGCUGCUGCUGCCGCCACAGCAACCGCCACUGCUACAGCAACCGUCGCUGCCAUCCAAGAGAAACAAAACCAGGAGAUGAACUACGGACAGAUGGGUGGUCCGCCCUACAAUAACCAGUUCAUGGCUCACUCCGGCCCUCGCGGCCCUCCUGGCAUGGCUCCUGGUGGUAUGGGACCUGGUCCAGGCCCUACCAGAGGUCCCCCCUCAAUGGGCCCCAUGUACGGACCUGGAGGGGGCCCACAGAGGGUCCCCCAGCACCCAAACUAUGGCCCUGGACCACAGCAGGGACAUCUGAGGCCCCCGCAGGGCCUCAAACGGCCGUACAGCUCAGAGUCGUUCCCAGGAAUGUCACAGCAGUACGGCGUUCCCGUCGGUUCCAGCGUGAAUGUCAUGCCGGGUCCCGGAGGCGCCGGUGGCUCCAUGCCCGGUGCAAGUGGAGGAGGACAUGCCGGGCCUGGCCCCUACUCGGGCCCCAACAUGCAGUACCACCCAGGUCCCGGUGGUCCAGGCCCCGCCCCUCAGCGCUCUGGCUCCUCCCCAUCCUAUCAGAGCCAUAAGAUGCCCCUCCCCCCGCAGUACCCCCCCUCCGGACCUCCCAGCUCUCAGUACUACAAACAGGACCAGUUUAACGGUCAGGGAGGAGGUUUAAACACUCUGACAGCAGGGGGCGCCGGUGGAGUCUACAACUCCUUUAACCAGCCGUCUGGGCCGGGGCGAGGGUUGCCAGGUUACCCCUCAUCUCCGGUUCCUGGAAACCCGACUCCUCCCAUCACCCCCAGCAGCUCCAUGGCUCCACCCUACAUGUCGCCUGGCAACAACGACGUCAAGCCAACGCCCACUUCCUUUCUGCCUGACAUCAAACCCAACAUGGCUGGCCUGGCCCCUCCCCCACCAACAGGUAACCCCAGUGAUGACCUGCGGCUGACCUUCCCAGUGAGGGACGGCGUGGUCCUAGAGCCAUUCAGAUUAGAGCACAACCUGGCCGUCAGCAACCACGUCUUCCAGCUGAGAGAGUCCGUCUACAAAACACUCAUCAUGAGACCUGACCUGGAGCUCCAGUUUAAGUGUUACCACCAUGAGGAUCGACAGAUGAACACCAACUGGCCCGCCUCCGUCCAGGUGAGUGUGAACGCGACUCCUCUCACCAUCGAACGAGGCGACAACAAAACUUCCCAUAAGCCUUUGUACCUGAAACAAGUGUGUCAGCCGGGCAGGAACACCAUCCAGAUCACCGUCACCGCCUGCUGCUGCUCUCACCUGUUCGUCCUCCAGCUGGUUCACCGUCCGUCGGUGCGUUCAGUGCUGCAGGGUCUGAUGAAGAAGAGGCUGCUUCCUGCGGAGCUCUGUGUCACCAAGAUAAAGAGGAACUUCAGCAGUGGUUCGAUCCCCGGGACCCCCGGGUUAAAUGGAGAGGACGGCGUGGAGCAGACCGCCAUCAGGGUCUCGCUGAAGUGUCCCAUCACAUUCAGACGCAUCCAGCUGCCCGCCAGAGGCCACGACUGUAGACACAUUCAGUGUUUUGAUCUGGAGUCGUACCUGCAGCUCAACUGUGAGAGAGGAACGUGGAGAUGUCCUGUGUGCAAUAAAACGGCUCUGUUGGAGGGUCUGGAGGUGGAUCAGUACAUGCUGGGAAUCCUCAUCUACGUCCAGAAUUCGGAGUACGAGGAGAUCACCAUCGACCCCGUGUGCAGCUGGAAGCCGGUGCCCGUGAAGCCCGACCUCCACGUGAAGGAGGAGCCUGACGGCCCCGUACUGAAGCGCUGCCGGACGCUCAGCCCCAGUCACAUGGUCCUGCCCAACGUCAUGGAGAUGAUCGCGUCACUCGGCCCCACCCCCUCCUCUUCCUCAUCCUCCUCCACCACCACCUCAGCAGUCCCCCCUUCCUCUUCCUCCUCUUCCCCGAUGCCCUACUCCUCCCUGCCUACAGGGGGCAACAAUAAUAGCAGUGCAACACCCGAGUACCCCGGAUCAGCUCCGUCCUUUCCCGCUUUGUCGGCUCCGUUCUCCGACUUCAGCGCUCCCGGGACGCCCGGCAUUGGCAGUGACUUCUCCUCCCCCGGCCCCCCGCCUCUCUCCUACCAGUCGGAGCUCUCCAGUGCCCUCCUCACCCCUGAGAAGCCCCCACCUCACCCGCUGGCAGGACAGAUGUCGGUCUCAGGCCGUUUGGACUCCGCUUCCCAUGGUGCGCCUCUCCAACAGCAUCAGCAGCAGUCACAGGGUCUCCAUGGCAACUCUCAACCAGGGGGUGGCAACCAGAUGAUGCAGCGUAGCAACCAGAAUCCCCGUCUCCAAGGCGACGGCUCCUUCGCACUCGGGGGCUCUGCUGAUGUUCCGGAAACUGCUUUGGAUUUGCUUCCCGAGUUGACCAACCCAGACGAAUUGCUGUCCUACCUCGGCCCUCCGGACCUGCCGAGCAACAACAACGAUGACCUGCUGUCCCUGUUUGAGAACAACUGAAAGCACUCGCACGGCUCCAGGGUCAAAUGCGCAGUGACGUCACUGCAACAUCCAAACUUAAUUUUUUGUCCUCGCCACCAACAUGGCAGCCGAGCCGACAGGGCUGCCGUCUGCACAGGAAGGAGCGGACGAUAAGAAGGAAGGAAAACAAGAAAACAACAACUUUUAAAUAUAACAAAUCUCUUUGAUGUGUGAUUAUGAACUUGAUGGUAACUUUAUUCGUUUGUUUUUUUAAAUUCUCUUGAACUGUAUUUUGAUGCUUCAUCCUUCAUUCCCUGUCACAGCUGACAGCCACUAUUUAAAGUGACCACAGUGCUGCUUCCACAUCAUUUACCUGCUCAUUACACUCACCUCUUCCUUUUGGGCUCUACGCAGAUCCACCCAUACAGAGGUAAUCCCUUCGCACUUCAUCCUGCGAACACUAACAGGCCGUUCUUCAAAUCAGACAAAAUGAAAAAGUCCACAUUGCACUGAAGUCUGAAGGACGUUUACGCCUCACCUCUUUGCCCACACUGACAACACAAGCUGCUGAUAUCGCUGACAAAAGCCUGAUAUCAUUUGUUGUUAUAUCGAGUAUAUUUUGGAUCUAACAGCAACCAGAUGCAGUCUUUUAAUUAGACCAUAAUUCAGGUGUGAAGUGUAUAUUUUUGUUGUAUAAAAAAAGAAUAUAUUUGUAGUUUUGUCUAAUUUGGUCCAAAGCACGGCGUGGCAGUGUGCAGUAAAUGAAAGUGUGGCUGUUUUUUCCUGAUGGUGAAUGUGGUUUGUGGCUGAGGGUCUGAGACACCUGAAGGCAGCACUGCGGUGCUUUACAGCCAGAAUAUUUCUGGUCUGAAUGAGUUUAAGUGUAAUGGUACAAAUGGCUGAAGAUGAACUUAAAGGAGCGUGUUUUUGUUUUUCACCUGAGACCCGUCGAGGCGCUGAAGACAGAAACGGGAUUUACGUCCGGCCAUGGCGUGUGACUCGGACCUGAUUUAACGCAGACCUGCCGAUGAUCAGUCGGAGAGUGGUGAGAGGCUGUAGCUGCUCGCCCCCCCGUACAGGCGAAAUGAAGGGUGGAGCUGAUUUUUGUUGCAGGCUGUUCGAGGUCUCACUUUGACCUGGCUUCGGUCUGCAUGUGGCUUAGUGUAAAUCACAGCUGAGGUUUCAAACUGCCACUGAGCUCGACCUCGAGAAACACUGGUUCAUCUUCAUCCUCCUCCUGCUCAUCGUCAUCAUCAUCGUCGUCAUCCUGUGUGUUGUAAAGUGACUAGAGUCCAGACAGUCGUGGUGUCUCCAUGGAAAAAUAAACCUGUACAUGAUGAUUCAGUAACGAUGCUCAUAACAUAAAGUUUGUAAUUUAAUAAACAGACACUGGAAAGACA